AUGGACGCUUUCAGCCCCGCGGGUAAAAGAACCUUUGACGGUGAAGAGGACCGCAAAAAGGUUGCCAAGCUCACCGAAAGAGACCUCGAGGCAGUCACCACCUCCAACGAAUGGCCCAUCUAUAACCACCCCGAGGGUGGUACCAUCAAAAUCACGCCGUGGGGUUCGCUCCGCCAGAUGGUGGUCAAUGGCGAAAUGGUGACUCGGUUCGAGGACGUGUCAUUCAGUGAUUACGAUUUCUCCCAGCACCAGCCGUCGGAAAUGCCCACUACUCCAAUGUCGCUCAGCGUUCGCUCAUCUCCAGCUCCUGGUGAGAUGCAGGUGAGCCCUUCUUGUGAAGCAGAAGGUUACGUUGUUGAUGGAUACCGUGGAGACCGUGGAGAGCGUGGGUUCGGUAGAGAACAGGAACACUUCUUUGGAAUGAUGGACCAGGAUGGAGAGGAUUAA